AUGUUCAUGCGCUCUGUCUUUCUAGGCGCUGCCGCUCUCGGCGCCAGCGCCAGCGCCAUGCUGGUGGAUCCAGUAACGGAACUCAAGGGUCAGAAGCUUGAUGGUUUUGAGAUCAUCAACCCCACGGAAUUGGAUGAAUUUAAUCAUGCUGCAUUUGAACUGCCAUGCAGUGAAUGUCCUUUCAGUGAAACCAAAGAGGAAGGUCAGAUCGACGGGACUGAGGCCUCACCAUCUUCUCUGAUCUUGGAUUUCCUCGUUGAAGACAGCCGUAUGCUCGCCAACGGUCGCCAAAUUUUCCCACCGGCUCCUCCCACUCCGAUCCUCGCCAUUCAACAGAAUGAAGAUGGCAAGCACUCCGAUGCUGUGCCUGUUGGCUAUGCGCUGGAAAUCAUGCCAGUGCCUCACGGCCCCCAUGACGAACCCGGCUACGACCUCAUCGAUCUCCGCUUCACUGUUCUCGAUGUGGAAGAUCACCCCGUCCCAGUCGACACCGUCGCCAUCAGCUUUAUUCAGACUCCGCAGGGCGAGAUUUUCAUCGCUCGCGCUGGAAUCGAAAAGACCACACCUAUUACUAAGCACACUUCCUGGCGGGAGUGCCACGGCAAGACCAAAUGCCUUCAAGAACUCCUAAUGACUCGCAUCCGCGGUCUCCUGGCUGGCGCCAAGAACAGCGUUAUGGGUCUGGCCAAAUCUGGUCGUAAGGGUUGCCACGGCAAAUUCAAGGGUAACACAAUGGGUCACCAUGAUCCUCACGGCCCUCACGAUCACCACGAAGAAGGAUCCGACGGCAUGCAUUUCCCUCCCCCACCUCCUUUCGGGGAAGAGAACUUUGAGGCCGAGGAGUUCGGACCCGGCGGCCACCACGGCCACGGCCACGCUCACGGCUUCUCCGACAAUGGCCGUCCUCGCCCCCAUCACCACCACGGACACCAUAGCGCUUUUGCGCGCACUUUCUCUCGCGUUGUGCACUUCAUCGUCGUCCCAGCCGUACUCGGCGUACUGGCUGGCUUGACUGCCAGCGCCGUCGGCAUGUUGGUUGGCCAAGCUGUUGUUUUCCUUUGGCAACGCUACCGUGGCACUCAACCUACUGAGCACAAGGCUGCUUGGGAACAGGGAGAGGCCUGCGAAAAGCAGGGUCUGAUGGCCGAAACUCGCUACUCAGAGGAGGUCCUUCCUGAAUAUACCGAGCCUUCCGAGCCCCGAGCAUCUGUCGACAAAAAUUAG